AUUAUACGCCUCGAUAAUGUCUUAUAAAUGUCGCACGCUAAGAAUACCAAAUAACAGCGCGUAGUUUUUCAGGCCAUUAAUGUUAGCAAUAUACUUUCAUUUAAGUUGGAGUAACUGAUCAAAAAUAUUUAAAUCGCCACUAGUUUUUGUUCAAUAUUCAGCCGGUAUAAGAAUAGAUCGCAAAAAACACUUAUUCGCGUACAUACUAUACAUGCACAUGUAGACCAUUAAAACAAUUUGCAUUGUAUAAGUGUGUGUGUGUGUGUGUGUGUGUGUGUAUAUAUAUAUAAUUACGUACACAUAGACAUGUAAAUUAUAUGUAUAAAAAUACGGGGGAUAGAUUUGACUUAGUCUGUAUCACAUUAUGAAUGAGAGAGAGAUGAUUCUUCGAGCUAGAAUACAUAUAUGAAGAAAUCAUAAGGCUUAAUAUAUAUAUAUAUAUAAAGAAAUGAUGCAAAGCUACUUGAUAGUCUCUGAUUUAAUUUACAUACGGUUGGUUUCAUUCGAUGCUUCACAGUUUAUCAGCUGCUUUUAAUAUACAUCUUCUUAGAGUUAUCUUAUUUUUGUAUAUAGCGACAGAUAUCAAAGGACCACAUUGCUUUCAUUUCACAUGGCCAGGCCCUUCCCAUGCAGAAGUCAACAAGUUAGACUGUGAGGAACAUAAUGAAAAAAAUCCAUUUACUCCUUGUAUAGAGCCAUUGUUUUUUCAUGAUACAAAACCAAAUGUAACUAAACUAUGGGAGAAUAUAAAUAAAAAUAAUAAUACAAAAUACAUACAACGAAUGCAACCUGGUUACGUUUGCGUAAGCUAUACAUUUAUGUACAAUGGCGCAGUUAUGAACAUCAGUUAUUUCCAUGGAAAAGUUACAGAAGACCAGGUUACACCGAUCAUAUCAAACUGUUACCUCAAACACACUGAAGGAUAUACUAUCGAAGUAUGUGCCUGUAAAUCUAAACAUGGCGAUUUUAUGCCCUGCAACUCAACAAUAAGAAAUAGAUAUUCAACACUAAUUAUUUUUGCAGUUAUAGCCGUUUCGCUGUUUAUGUAUAAAAUUUUCGAUAUUCCCUGACAUUUCCGGCUUACUUUAUUUCUUUGAUAUGA